AUGGACCCCAACGGCAUCCCAAACGGCAUCGGCAAAGCCAUGAAACACCUCGACCUCGACGGCCACGAGCUGCCGCCUUCUCCCGCCCCCUCGAGCCCUUCCGCGGGCCGCAAGUAUGCCCUCGCGACAGAGCUGGUGUAUACCGAGAGCAACGACCAGUUCAACUCCUCCAGCACACCCAUCUACCAGUCCGCGACGUUCAAGGGCGGACCGGGACAAGAGUACGACUACACGCGCAGUGGCAACCCUACGAGGUCCCAUUUGGAAAGGCACUUGGCCAAGAUCAUGAACGCGAACCGCGCGCUGGUUGUCUCGUCUGGCAUGGGCGCUUGUGAUGUGAUCACGAGGAUAUUGAAGCCGGGCGACGAGGUUGUUACGGGGAAUGACUUGUACGGCGGCACCAAUCGCCUGCUCACGUACUUGAAGGAGAAUGGAGGGAUCAUCGUGCACCAUGUGGAUACGACGACGUUGGAAUCGGUGCAAGGAGUCUUGAUGGAGAAGACUGCUAUGGUGCUACUCGAGACGCCUACGAACCCUCUGAUCAAGGUCGCGGAUGUUGCCGGUAUCGCCUCUGCUGCUCAUGCCGCGAACCCUUCCGCGAUUGUCGCUGUCGACAACACCAUGCUUUCUCCAUACUUGGCGAACCCGCUCGAUCUCGGCGCCGACGUCGUAUACGAGAGUGGAACGAAGUACCUCUCCGGCCAUCACGACGUCAUGGCUGGUGUCAUUGGCGUCAACAACGUCGCGCUGGGCGAGAAGUUCUACUUCAUGAUCAACUCCACCGGCUGCGGUUUGGCGCCCUUCGAUAGCUGGCUGCUUCUGCGAGGUAUCAAGACGCUUUCCGUGCGCAUGGAGAAGCAGCAGGCGAAUGCGAUGGCGAUCGCGCAGUUCUUGGAAUCUCAUGGUUUCAAGGUCCGGUAUCCGGGCUUGAAGUCGCAUCCUCAGUAUGCACUGCACUGGUCGCAGGCGAGAGGGGCCGGCGCUGUGCUGAGCUUCGAGACUGGGUCGAUUGCGCUGUCGGAGCGGAUUGUUGAGGCGACGCGAUUAUUCGGCAUCUCGGUGUCUUUCGGCUGUGUGAACAGCUUGAUCUCCAUGCCCUGCCGCAUGAGCCAUGCUUCGAUCGAUCCAGCAACGCGGAAGGAGCGGGCGCUUCCCGAAGACAUCAUCAGGCUGUGUGUUGGGAUCGAAGACUUGACGGAUUUGGUUGAUGAUUUGUCGCAAGCAUUGGUGCGCGCAGGAGCUGUCAGGCUGACGGAGAAUGGGUUCGAGGCGUUAGAGCACCAUUCGGCUGGUCGGACGACCCAGGUGGUAGAUGAGCCAUAA